AUGAAAAUAAGGAGAGGAGACGAAAUCGACGUGGGCAACGGAGAGCAGGGUUACCUGGGCUCCUAUUACGAAGCAAUAGUGUCCAAGGAGAUCAACAAAACUAUGUACAUUGUGGAGUACAAGAAUCUGAUAAAGGAUGACGAGUCAGGACCGUUAAAAGAGAUGCUCACCAUCAACGAGAUCAGGCCGAAGCUGCUAGUGGUUCCUUUCCCGAUUAAAGAUUUAUCUCCGGGCGACAAAAUUGACGCCUUUGACAAUGAUGGCUGGUGGAGUGGAACUAUCACCAAAAAGAUAGGGUCUGAGUAUGUUAUGCAUUUUCCUACCACUGGAGAGACGAUCCCUUCCUCUAGUAUUGAGAAGUUGAGAUUUCAUCUCGACUGGGUUGAAGAAAAGUGGGUCUCUUCCAAGUUUGGGAGCCUAGCUUUGCAGAUGAAAACUGGUAAACCUAGGAUCAGGUUGUAUGUGGCAGCAUUGGUAGGCUAUGGUAAGAGGUUUGG